AUGACAGAAAAUACGUCUAUAAGAAGAAGAUACGAAAAAAGUUUUACAGAACGCCCAGGUUUUACUGAAGAUGAAAUUGAGGAAAUAAGAGAAGCUUUUAAUUUAUUGGAUACUGAUGGAACUGGAACAAUUGAUCCAAAAGAAAUAAAAUGUGCUAUGCAAAGUUUAGGAUUGGAUGUAAAGAAUCCUAUGAUAUUUAGAAUGAUAGCAGAUUUGGAAAAAGACGGUUAUUCAUCAAUUGAUUUUGAAGAAUUUAUGGAAGUUAUAACUUCCAAAUUGGGAAAUAAAGAUACAAGAGAAGGAAUUCAAAGAAUAUUUAAUCUUUUUGAUGAUGAUAAGACAGGAUCUAUUUCUUUAAAAAAUUUAAAAAGAGUUGCAAAAGAAUUAGGAGAAACAUUAACUGAUGAAGAAUUAAGAGAUAUGAUUGAUCGUGCUGAUUCAAAAGGUGAAGGAGAAAUUUCUUUUGAAGAUUUUUAUACAAUAAUGACAAAAAAAAGUUUUUUAUAA